UGGAAAUGUAUGUAAUUCUGGUGUUUCAAAAUGCUGGAAUGCUGUGGGUGUGUUCGACGCGUUAGUAGGUAUGGAGGGGGUCAGUCAACUUCUCCCUCAGGAAAUUGGAGAAUUUUGCAUUUUUCUUAAACUCAGUCUUAAAUUAUAUCAAACAAUGUAGCCAACACAGUCAUGUGUGUGUUUCAUCCUAAAUUGAGGUGGUCUCAAUAACACAUUCACAUUUUUCUAUGUACAAUUUAGGGGAAAUUGAAAGGUUGCAGGUUCGAAUCCCCGAGCUGACAAGGUACAAAUCUGUCGUUCUGCCCCUGAACAGGCAGUUAACCCACUGUUCCUAGGCCGUCAUUGAAAAUAAGAAUUUGUUCUUAACUGACUUGCCUAGUAAAAUAAAGGUAAAACAUUUGUUUUAUUCAUAGGUGUCUUUAUGUGAAUAGUUUAGUGGAAAUGUAAACUGCCUUCAUUUUGUUUCUGGAGAAAAUUCUGAAUAAUUCAAUUAUUGGAUGCAACAUAGUAGUUUAGUUUACUGUAGGCUAAUUGGAAUAUGAAACUACUAAAUGAGUUUGUUUCAUCUCUCCAUCCCUGACCUAAUCCAUCAAAUUAGGUCUGACUAGGCUGCCAUUCAUUCAACAUGCCGUGAUGUCAUUGGUGAACUGACUAGUAUCAUAUCAUUAGCAGCCUACGUAUCAAGAGGACAGAUCAAUAACUGAUUCAUUAACAUAAACUGUUAAAGAUUAGAAGGCCUAACAGAACUUUGUGAAGGACUGUAUUAGUGGAAAAUCUCUCUGCCAUGCCUGUUUCCAUCUAAGCAGCGUCGCACACUAAAAUACGGCAUUGCGGAGAUCAAAGCAUGUUCAGGCAAGGUGUUCUCGAUUAGUUGGCUAAACGCUGUAGCUAAUGCCACAUUCAAAACAUCUGGGAACUCAAAAGUACGAGGUCAAACAAUGACCUCAGCAAUCUUCAGGUCAGAACUCAAGAAAGAGGCCCGAGUUACCGAGUUGUUUUGAAAGCACUGAAGACGGGAGAUUUCCCGGGUACACAUUUCCGAGUUCCCAGCUGUUCUGAACGCAGCAAAAGUACCUUUAGCUAAGGAGCUAACUACAAAAUAAUAGAGUGUAGUGACCUUAACACAACACCUAGCAACUUGGUCAAAUGGUUCGAACCUCUUGGCAUAAUGUUUAACGUGUUGGCUUGACAGUUGCUGGAUCCAGGUUCAAGUCCUGGUCAGGGCUACCUGAUGUCAGAAGUGGGGUGGAGGUGAGGGACUUGAAGCAUGGGGACACGCUCUCCGGAAGGAAGGGGGUAAAUUAGCGACCUGGUUAAUAAGGGUUCUGAGUUUUUUUUUUUACGUCAUUAAGUCCAGCUGUUUUUGUUAUCGACAGAAGAUAAUUACAUGGAAAUGCGCCGAAGCAGACAAUUUGAACAUUUGUUUUCUAUAUGCAAACUUAAAAUGUAAAAAAAUAUUUUAAAAAUGGACAAGUUUAUGGAAACAUAGACCAUCUUUUUGUUGCAAAAGUUGUAAAAUAACAUCGGUUUCUUGCGGGAGUGUGAUUCAUCUACAAUUAUGUAUUUCGUUGAAACACAUAAAAGCCAUUGGAGGGCAUUACCAAAAUGAAGAGUUUUCAUCCAAAAAUAUACAUUUUUAAAUGGCUAAAUAAUUUAACAGUACACCAGGGGUACUUGCUACUAUGAUUCCUGAAAUGCAGAACCUGUUGGGAGUAAUUUUCAAAUACGAAAUUAUACUUUUGUUACAUUGUUUGCUAGCUCAGCUGAUUAGCUAGCUAGCUUUCAGUAUUGACCUCCCAACAUUGCUAAAGCUAGUUAGCUAGCCAGUUAAUAUAACUUAUUUCAAAAUGUAUAUUAGAUAGCUAAGUUAGCCAUGUUAUGAAUACAAUUCAUCUGCUGUCGAAAUCUGGGGCCUGUUGCACAAAAGUAGAAUUAAGACAUCCGGGAUAAAUGACUCAGCUGAGCUCAAUGAAGCCAAAACAUGUGCGUCCAGGCUUAAUUGGUUGCACAAAGACCAAGCCAGGAUGAGCAGACACGGAUUCAUUAUGCAAGGUGAAACCAAUCCUGGAUAGGUGCGCGCUCACGGCUCACUCAAAUAGACCCCGCCACAGAUCACAGAUUAACUGAUUUACCAUGGCAACUAGAGCCGCGUACUUUUCCCCGUCGGAAGCACAAAUCCUCAUGGAGGCAUACGAGGAGGUAAAAGAUAUAAUUAAGAAGAAAGGCAACACCGCCACAGUGAUAAAGCAAAGAGAAAAAGCGUGGCAAAGUAUUGCAGACCGCCUGAAUGCGUAAGUAGUGCACAAUUACACACUCACCGCUCCGCUGAAACAUUACAAUUCAAAUAUUUAAUUCACAUCUCCAAAAAUGCAGUUGUACUGUAAUUAUGAAACGGUUAAAUUUUUAAUUGAAAUGCACUGCAGAUAUGAGUGAAAUUGUGUAAAGUAACUCCAUCACACUGUAUAAAGCUAUGAUAAAUUUUUUGAUAUUUUUACUGAAAACAAGACAAAAAUACCAAGUAAUUUUUUGCAGUGUGACUCCAUUAAAUGUGUGUGUGUGUGUGUGUGUGUGUGUAGAUUAAACAUGAACGGGCCAAAACGGACAUGGCAGCAGGUCAAAAUCAAAUACAAGAACAUUCUGCAGAAUGCAGUGAAAAAGAAUACCCACAAACAAGGCACGGGUGGUGGGUCACCAAAGGCUGACCUUACCCCAGCAGAGGACAUGGCCUUUGAGCUAAAUAAAGGCAGGCCCGUCUUAGAGGGGAUCCCUGGGGGGAAAGAGACGAGCAUAGGUUCCUCCCAAGAUGCCACCCGCUUCAUUCAAGUGCCUGGCAGCACUGUGUUCCUGUUAGAGCCACCAGCACAAGCACCAGACGAUGCUGAUCCAGGUGAAGGCCCCAGUGCAGCAGCAACAGCACAUGAUGGAGACGAUGAUGAGGAGGAGACCAUCUCUCUGGAUUCCAGAAGGCAUGAGGACCCAGAUGCUAUACAGUGGGAAAACCAGCCUGGCAACAUAAGCUCACAAGCUAUCAGAAAGUUGUAUGGCAACCACCUCCGGCGCCAAAUAGAACUGGCAGACAUAGACAUUCAGUACAAGAAGAAAAAGAUGGAAAAUCUUGCACUGGAGUCCGAAAUAAAAAAGAGGACAAUUAGGAAACUGGACCUUGAAAUAAAAAAACUUGAGAGGGAGCUCCAAGAAGAUGACACAGCUCAAAAUAAAAAUGAGCAAUCAGUACAACCAAGUCAUCGUUAUAAGGCAUCACCCUCUUUUGCCCACCCCCCCAGCACCAGGUGUGGCCACUAGCCUAUAUGAAGGCCCAAAAUUGUGUGUUCCUUUCUGCUCUGACAAUGGCAUGCCCAUUCGUGCGAGAUGUGGUGGAUGAAGAAGCACUUGUGCUGAGGAGAGCCUUCAGGCUUGAAAGGGUCUUCAGGGACCGGUUGGACCCACUGGCCUUCCCUGAUGACCAUCUAUAUGAAAGAUACAGGUUUUCUGCAGAUGGCAUCAGGUAUCUAUGCAGACUACUGGGUCCCAGGAUUAAGCACCGCACUGCACGGAGCCAUGCACUGAGUGUGGAGCAAAUGGUUUGUGUGGCCUUGCGCUUUUUUUGCUAGUGGAGCCUUCCUGUACUCAGUGGGGGAUGCAGAACAGCUGAACAAGGCCACAAUUUGCCGCACAAUAAGGAGUGUGUGUCUGGCUAUCAAAGCAUUAGCAGAUGUCUUCAUCUCCUUCCCUGGCCACAGAAGACUCUGUGACAUCAAAGAGGAGUUCUAUAGGAUUGCAGAUGGUCUGCAAUGCUGACUGUGUGAUCAGCAAUGUUGUGGCAAAAUGGCCUGGCUCAGUCCAUGACUCCAGAAUCUUUCGGGCCUCUGAAAUCUAUCAGUGCCUAUCACAAGGUGAAUUCUCUGGUGUGUUGCUGGGAGACAGGGGUAUGGCUGCCAGCCUUUUCUCCUGACACCUUUCACAGACCCCCAGGAAGCACAGCAGGCCUACAACCAUGCCCAUGCCAGGACCAGGGCCAGAGUUGAAAUGACCUUUGGCCUCCUGAAGGCACGCUUUCACUGCCUUCACAAAUUAAGGGUCAGCCCUGUUAGGGCAUGUGAUAUUACUGUGGCUUGUGCUGUCCUCCACAAUGUGGCCUGCCUGAGGAAGGAGAGGGCCCCCAGAGUGCCACCAGCCAUGGACUGGGACAAUCCGGCAAUCUUCCCUGAUGACGACAGUGGUCGGCUGCUGAGGGACCAAUAUGUGUUGAAUUAUUUUAGUUAGUAUGUGUGCUUUCAAUUUUGGUUAAAUAUGUCCUGCGGUGGCAGAGGAAUUUGUUUUUUUUUGGGUUCGUUUUUUGACGAAUUUGGCCUCUUAUGAUGUUUGUGCGGUAUACUGUGUGUAAUACAAGGCUGCAGGGAGGCUACUGCAUCCAUUCAUUUGUCUGUUCAGUUGAUGUGUAUGGAUUUGUCCUGCAUUUAUUUUAGUGUGCAGACAUGCAGGGUGUGUUAUAUACAGACCUUUGAAUGUGUAUGUAUCAUUUUGUAUAAUAUGCUUGGAUUCUGUGCUUUCCAUCUUGUAGAGUCACUGACUUCAGUUUCGAAAGGAGCUGAUGGUUUACCUGCUUUGUUUUGUCCUUAUUCAAUAAAGGAACAUAAUGUUACACAUUGUGUUUUUAUAUUCA